GGGAACUUUACUGAUCAGAGAGAAGUGAAUAUGUAAAGUCCCCAUUUCUAUACCAGUCCAAGACAAAGCCCAGCUGUUUUCUAGACACUGCCAGACAGAAAAUUCUGUGCCGGCUUCCUGAGGACUGCCCACCAUGCAGUGGCUGAUGAGUUUCCGGGUCCUCUGGGGCAUCCGCAAGCCCUUUCACCUUGCCCCUGGGUACUUUCGCUGCCAGCCUUUAUCAGGGGUUGGAGCCCCGAGAUGGAAUGACUACAGUGUACCUGAGGAAUUUAACUUUGCAAGUGAUGUCCUAGACUACUGGACUCAAAUGGAGAAGGAGGGCAAGAGAGGUCCAAACCCAGCCCUGUGGUGGGUGAAUGACCAAGGGGAUGAACUGAAGUGGAGUUUCAGAGAGUUGACAGACCUAUCCCGCCGUGCAGCCAAUGUCUUCACCCAGAUCUGUGGCCUGCAGCAGGGAGACCGUCUAGCCUUGAUUCUGCCUCGAGUGCCUGAGUGGUGGCUGGUGACCAUAGGCUGCAUCCGAGCAGGAAUAAUCUUCAUGCCAGGAACCAUCCAGUUGAAGGCCAAGGACAUUCUCUACCGAUUACAAGUGUCCAAAGCCAAGGGCAUCGUGACCACAGAUACCCUUGCCUCAGAGGUGGAUUCUUUAGCUUCUGAGUGUCCUACUCUGAAAACAAAGCUCCUGGUGUCUGACCAGAGCCAUCAAGGGUGGCUGGACUUACGAUCAUUGAUUAAAUCAGCCUCCCCAGAUCAUACCUGUAUUAAGUCAAAGACUCUGGACCCAAUGGCCAUCUUCUUUACAAGUGGGACCACAGGCUUCCCCAAGAUGGCAAAACACAGUCAUGGAUUUGCCUUGCGAUCCUCUUUCCCUUCAAGCAGGAAAUUGCUGCAACUGAAGACAUCUGAUAUCUUCUGGUGCCUUUCGGACACAGGCUGGAUUCUGGCUGUCCUUGGGUGCCUGUUGGAACCAUGGACAGCAGGGGCUACACUCUUUAUCCAUCAUCUGCCCCAGUUUGACCCCAAGGUUGUAGAGCAGAUGUUGUUCAAAUACCCCAUCACCCAGUGCCUUGCGGUACCAUUCGUAUAUCGAAUGAUUCUACAGCACAGUUCUACCAGUCUCAGGUUCCCUACCCUGGAGCACUGCAGUGCCGGUGGGGAGGCUCUGCUGCCGGAGGAUCAAGAGCAGUGGAGAAGACAGACAGGCCUUCUGCUCUACGAGAUCUACGGACAGUCAGAAACAGGAGUAAGUUGUGGCACUCUCCGUGGAAUGAAGAUCAAGCCGGGUUCCAUGGGGAAAGGCAUUCCCCCCUUCGAUGUCCAGAUCAUUGACGACAAAGGCAACAGCCUGCCGUUCAACACUGAAGGCAACAUUGGCAUCAGGAUGAAGCCCACCAAGCCCAUUGGCCUCUUCAUGGGCUAUGAAGACAACCCAGUAAAGACAGCUGAAGUGGAGUGUGGGGACUUUUACAACUCUGGAGAUAGAGCAACUAUGGAUGAAGAGGGCUACAUCUGGUUCCUGGGGAGGAACGAUGACAUCAUCAAUACCUCUGGGGGCUUCGUCAUUUCCCAGGACCAGCCUGCGGGCCUUACCCCAGGGGUCCUACCUUAUCACCGUUCCUGUACUAUGGGCCACGUUCACAGCCUGCACCCUGCUGGCCUCAUGAACCUCACCGACCACCUCCACCUCCUGCAUUUGGCAUCAGCAGAAACAUGUGGGAAAUGCUCUAUGUCUGAGAAGGGACCCGAGAGUGGGAGAGAAGGAAAUGUGAUGGCAGCAGGUUUGGAGCGUUUGUUUGAAUUCUGCACAGUCAAUGCCGGUCUGAAUCCACCUCCAUCGGUUCUAGGGCUUUGGUCUGAUGCUGAAGCUGCUGGGGCUCCCAUGAGGAACAGGGACAACGAGCCUCAUAGAGGUCCAGGGAUGGGCAAGGGUCUUUGUGGCCUUGGGCAGAAACUGCAGAGAGUAGAAGACCGCUUUGUCGGGAAGUGA